CAACCCUGUAGUUUUGGUUAACCAUAACCUUAAUGUUUGUUUUCAUAUCAAGAUUAUGUUAAUAUUUGUUAAUAAUGCUACAAAUUGUGUAUUUUGUAGUUUUAUUAAUUUGUUUGGCAAAAUCUGAUAUAACUGAAAACAAAUCCCAACCAUUCAAUCCGUUCUCGCCUUUAGUAAAAUGUGAAUACUUGUCAUGGGAGUUCAUCGAAUGUGACCCUUUAGAGGAUCAUAAAGGCAACAAGACUGCCAGAGAUGAGUUACAGUACGGGUGUCUAAAGUUUGGUGGCAUGAAAUACGAAGAUGUGGAGAAAACAAGACAAUUGUGCCGCGCAUUAAGUUUUAUUGAAUGCUAUGGUAACAAAACUUUCUUCAGAGAGAAUGUGCCAUGCAUAAAAUACUCAGGACAAUAUUUUGCCACUACUUUACUGUAUAGCAUCCUUCUGGGAUUCCUGGGAAUGGAUAGAUUUUGUUUGGGACAAACUGGAACAGGAGUUGGCAAGUUACUUACACUGGGUGGAUUAGGUGUGUGGUGGAUUGUUGAUGUAAUACUCCUGGUGACAAAUCAUCUCACUCCAGAAGAUGGUAGCAAUUGGAACAACUAUGUUUAAAUAUGUGAUAAUAUUUGUUUUUGUAUUAUAUUUUAGAUGCUAUUUUUAAGAUAUUUAGUUUAAGGAAAAUAAAGACUUAACAAUA